AUGGAUCCGAUUCUUUUUGAGGCUGCCAAGAAUGGACAUAGUGAUUCUUGUCUGAGUACUUUCGAAAACGUGGAUCCAAAGACUCAAGUGACCAUCCGAAAAGACACUAUUAUGCAUGUAGCGGUCAAAUAUGGAAACAAAGAAUCAACACAGCAAAUCCUAGACUUAUAUCCUUGGCUCCUCCAUGAGACCAACCACAGCGGUGACACUCCCCUCCACGUCGCGGCAAGGUUAGGGCAUUCGGACUUGGUGAAGCUAAUUACUAGCUUUCUUAAAAACGACCAACGAGGAGGAGGAGGAGCAGGAACAUUUCCACUCCGAGCUUUGAAUGAGAAGAAAGAUACAGCGUUGCACAACGCAGUGAAAUAUGGACACUCUGAUGUGGUCAUUUCACUAAUCGAGGAAGAUUCAGGUUUGGUUUAUAUCAGCAAUGAUUCGGGAGAAUCACCUCUGUUCAUAGCUGUGGAUAAAGGAUUUUACAAAGUUGCUAACUCCAUCUUAGGUUCCAUCUCUGAUUUGUGCCGUAGUUACGGAUUGGGGAGGGAUAACAUGACUGUGAUGCAUGCAGUAGCUUUUGGAGUACCUGAUGAUCAAGUGCUUGUGACCAAACUAUUAGAGAAAUGUAAUGCUGAAUUCUUAGAAGAAAAGGACAAACGUGGAAGGACAGCUCUUCACUACGCUGCAUAUGUUGGAAAUAGCAAAGUUGUGGAGCUAUUUUUGAAGCAUAACAGAUCCAUUGCUUACAUUAAGGACGACAAUGGCAUGUCUGCAAUGCACAUUUCUGCAAUGAAAGGUCAUAUUGAUGUGAUAAACGAAUUGGUUAAGCAUUGCCCAGAUGUUUGUGAGUUAUUGGACAAUAACAACCAAACACCUUUACAUGUGGCCGUUCAAAGCGGAAGAGUAGACACAGUAUGGAAUUUUCUACAUAGAAGUGAUCACUUUGAUGGUAUUAUGCCUAAUGAGCAAGACAACCAAGGAAAUACGCCAUUGCAUGUAGCUGCUCUUAAUGGACACCUUGAAAUUCUAAUGAUGCUAGCAAAAGACCCCAGAGUUGAAAAAAAAGCUAGCAAUCACAUGGGGAUGACUGUUAUUGAGAUUAUUCAAUCAAGUACGCAGCUGCCUAUUUAUGACAAGGUAAAUAUAUAA